AUGAAUAAAUUAAUAUUAUCAAUAGUAUUCACUACUUUUCUAGUUGCUUAUGUUAUAUUAGAUGUUACUUUUGAUGAUGAACUUUGGGUUAUAAGUAAAUCAUUUGCAAAAUCGAUGCAAUAAUCAAUUCCUACUUUUGAACUAGUUGUUUACGAAUUUUUUACAUACUUAGUUUUCAUACCACCUUUGGCAGCAUUUUAUUGCUUCAUAUAUGAUGACAAUAAAUUAAAUUCACUGCUUUAUUUAGCUGUUGUUAUUGCAAGUGCAACUACAAAUGAACUUUUAAAAAGUAUAUACCAUUAAGCACGACCAUACAUGAUAGAAACAGAUAUUUAAAGGUACCUAAAAUUAUAUUUUAGUUUGAAAUGUAAUUCUGAUUAUGGAAAGCCCUCAGGACAUUCACAAAAUUCAGUUGUGAUGAUUAUUCUUAUGCCAAUAUUGCUUUUUCCAUAAAUAAAAAAUCUAGGGAGGAAUAAAGUCUAGGUGGAAAUUUAAAAAGGUUAUAAUAUCUUAGAUUUAUUAGAUCUUGAUAGAAGUGAAUCUCAUACAGGUUAUACUAUAAAUAGUUUAGAAAAUUCAGAGUUAGAAGUAAUUUUUAUAAGAAUAUUUAGUUAAGAAUAGUUAAUUAGAAGCAAAUGACAAUAUAUAGUCAAAAUUUUAAAUUGCAAUGAAAUUAAUAAUAAUUUCAUUCCUUCUUACAAGCAUUAUUAUGACUGGUAUUUCAAGAGUAUUUCUUGGGGUUCAUUCUAUUGGAUAGGUAUUACUUGGUUGGGUUUGGGGUCUAUAUAUAACUUUAAUGUAUGUUUUUAUCAUUCAUGAUUCAUUAAAACGGUAUAUAAUCAAUCAAUAAUAUAUUUAGAUACAUAUUAAAUUUGUUUUAUCCAUAACAAAGUAAACAUAAAGAAAUGAAUCAUUUCAUUCCUAUGGCAUUUUUCCUAUUGUUAGUUCUAUUGGGUUUAUCAUUAGGAUUAUUAAAAUUAAAUUCCUUAAUUUAUUAUGAGCGAUUAAGGAUGAGUUCAUGGAUUGAAAAAAUAAAUCAAUGCAAAUAAACUAAUUACACAAGAGAUUCUCCAUAAAUAUUAUAUAAUUCUUGUUUCCAAUUUACAGGAAUUGGAGCUAUAAUAACAGGAUUAUUAGUUGGUGCUGUAUUAGUCUAAGGUUCUUAUGAUGAAGGUAACUUUAAUAAAUGGAAAUUAAAACUUUCAAAAACUUAGUUUAUUAAAAGAUUACUUUCAUUAUUGAUUCCAUUUAUAAUUUUGAUUCCUUUUGUAUUUAUUACCUCAAAUAAUGUAGUAGUUCAAUUGAUGUGCAAAGUAUGAUUAAAUAAUGAAAUUAGAUACUUCCAAUAUCCUUUGGGGUUGGAAUAAUCAUAAAUGGAGUCUUUCCAUUUCUAUUAAGAAAAUUUAAUUUACAAAUACCAGGAGAUUUUCUAUUUUUAUGUCAAAGUUAAUACUUGUUGUGUGAUUUAAAUAAAGAUAGCUUACAAUAAUAAGUAAAAGAAUAUAAUGAUUCAUAUUAAAAUAUGCUUUGA